AAAUAAGGUGGUAGCGAUAACAUCGCUGUUGUUGUUAUGAGAUGCAAUAUUUAUUUAACCUUGCUGAUAACACUGUCCCUGAAAUCUGAAUGGCCCCCUUGUCUUCCUUUCUCCCUGUAUAUCAGACUUCUAGUUUGCCAUCAGAGAAUAAAUGCAACAGAGGAAAUCUGAGGAGCAGGGGUGUAGUCGUCUGGGGUUCAACGAUGCUACGCAUAGAGAAAGAGUUGAAUGAACUUCUUAUCUGUAAGGAACAAGAACUGAAAGAGCUACAAACUCGUCAAAUCCACUUUCAGAAAACAUCACUGCAUGAAACCAGAAAGCAGCUUCAAGAAAUGUAUAGGAAAUUCAACAGUUUAAAGGAAGACUUCACCUAUAACCUUAGAGUCUUAGAGGAGAGAGACAGAGAGCUGGAGCGCUAUGAUAACUUGUUCACACAGUUGAAAAUGGCAGAAAAUACUAAACAGGCUGAGGUUAGUGACCUUAGAAUACAGGUAAGUAAGCUGCAGCAGGCACUUGCUCAGGAAACAAAAAAACAAGAGGCUCUGCAAUACCAAUAUCAACAAAAGCUUAAAGAACACCAGUUGGAGUUGGAGCAGCUUCACAGUUCUAAAGACUCUGAUAUCAGUCACCAUCGUGAGGAAUAUGAGAAUAUGAAGCAGCAACUGGAUAGAAAAGUCCAGGAAGUAGAAGGUGAACUUGCUUUGCAAAGACAGGAACUUCUGGUCGAAUUUGAUGCAGAAAUAAAAAAGAGAGAGCAUGAGUUUCGACGAAAAGCAGAUGAAAUGAGCAAUGUAGUUCUGUCCCAUGAGCUUAAGGUGAAGCUGUUGACCAAAGAAUUGGAGGCCUUGAAAGCGACUGGGACAGAAGUAGCUAAAUCAUUGAAAGCAGCAGAAGCAGUGAAUUUGGAGCUGGAGAAAGAAGUUAAAUGCAAGGAUUGGGAAAUAAAGGAUCUUGUAGCUGUGAAAGAUGCUCAGAUACGGGAUUUAGAAAGAAAACUUGAUUCAGUACAGCUGAUCUGGAAAAAAGAAAAAGAAACGUUUGAAAAAAAACAUGCAGCAAUAGAUCAAUUUGCCAGGGAAAAGGAUGCAAUGCUUGCUUCAGUGAAAGAGGCCCAUACUGAGCAGAUAUGUAAGUUGGAAAAUCAAAUCCGAGACCUGCAGAUAAAUAAGGAAACUUUGGAAAUGGAAUUACGUCGAGCUGAAUGGAGGCAUGCAGAUUACUUGAGAGAGAAAGAAACUGUCAUUGAAAAACUUGAACAAGAGCUGGAGGCACUGAAAAAAAGCUGGGAUUCUCAAGUAGCUCAGAUAUCCAGGGAGACAGUUUCAAAACACCUUGAGAUUCAAGCACUGCAAGAGGAAGAUGUGAAGCUAAGAGGACAAUUAUAUAGCUUACUGCAAGAUAUUGAGAGGUAUAAACAUCAGCUUUCAUUAGCAGCUGAGAGAGAAGAGAUUCUGGAAAGGGCUAAAGUGCAAAUAGAGCUGGACUGGCAGCGGCGUUGUGAGAAUGCUGAAAGGAAUCAAUAUCAGAAAUCUGAGGCUCUAAUACAGAGCCUGUCAAAAGCUAAAGACCAGGUUACUGCUGAACUACAGGAGAAGGAACAGAAAUUGCAUGAAAUGGAAAUGGUCCUGUCUGCUGUAACCCCUGAAAGAGAUCAAGCUGUUUGGGAACUUCAAAAACAUAGUCGCUUCCCGAAAGGAGUGAAACAGGAUACUUUAGGAACCAUUGAACUAGGUUUUCCUUCUGCUGAAAUUCAGAGAUUACAAGAGCAAAACAGUACCUUGCGGUCUGUUAUUGCAGAAAUGAGGAGAGAAAUGGAGACUCUUAAUAUUCAGGCUGUUUCCUCUGAGCAAAGCAAAACAAAAGUACAAGAUGCUGAUAAAAGCAACUCUACUGUACCUCCAUUUACUCACGACUAUGUUAAAUCCCUGGAAGAGGAGGUAAAAAUAUUGAAGAAAAAAUGCUGGGCCAUGGACAAAGAACAUGAAAAUGCAUCUGAAGUUCCUGGAAAAUUAUUUGUGUCUUCUCUAAAAUCAUCCAGUUGUAAUAAAAAUACUCAAACUUUCCACCAAGACCACAUUAUCAGUGGAAAUGAUGGUACAUUAGAUCCAGAUGAAGUUGCUACCAAAACUGUUUUGGAAAAGCAAAACCAAAGGAAAACCCCUCCAGUGGCUUCAGUGGGAACACAAAAACCACAAGUGAAUUCAGUGAUCAAGAAGCUUCAGGAGGACACUCUACAUCUCAGGCAACAGUUAUUUGGCAUGGAGGCAGGUGAUGGGCCUCAUCAACAUAAAGGACAUUAUGCACAAGUGAUGCAAGGUAGAUUGAAGGAUGUUGUGAGAAAGAUCUGCAGUUUGAGCAAAGAGAAACAUCAGCUACUAGAGAUGGUAAACAGAUUGAGAGCAGAACUUGGAACUGCUUCAAAGGAAGGAUCUCAGGAGUUUGAGAGCUCAAAGCAACCUCAAGGUCACACUUUCUCUCAUGCUGUCUAUCCUAAAGAACUUGUCAGGGAGACUAAGCACUGUCUUUUGGCUUUAGAACAUCUGCAGUACCAGCUUACGAUACAGGAGCUACAGUAUGCACAGAGAAACCAUGCCUCAGGAAAAUGUCCUUAUUUUGUUGAGAACUUAAACAACGAAAAUGUCCCAAGUAGCAGCAGCUGUAGUGAAGGAGCAGAAAUCCCUUUGAAACAGGUUCAGUUGGAAUCAUUUGUUAGAAAUUGUACUGCAGAUUCCCCAAGGCAUGAACCACACCAGUCUCAACUGCUCAGAGAAGAAAGUCCCAGCCAACAUCAGCAAGGCCUGUUGUCAUCAUCUAGUACACAUGGCUCCCUGGAGGAAAUAUGUCAAAUUCUAGAGAUGGGAUCAAGCCCUUCUAUUCUGAGCUCCCAGAGCAACAAUGAUCAAGAGAAAUCCCAGAUUAUCCAUGAACCUGAAAGACUUGAAGACUCUCAGGGAACACCAGCAGCUGCCUUGACUAUAAGGGGAACUAAGUUUGAUGUUCAAUUGAAGCAAAAACCGAACAAGACAUCUUACAACCAAUUCAGAAAGGCCCAAACUCCUCAGCGAAUGUCCAAAAUCCGAAACUACAAUAUAAAAGAUUAGGCUUUCAGUGAGAUAGAAGAUUUUGUUUCUGAAUUAUGGAGAGUGUUUUGUUAUUAAGCUGCAGUACCAAGUUUAAGUACUACUUUGUCCAUGUUAUUGGUAGUUUGGUCUUGUAAUUAAUUUCACUAGCCAAUCUCCUCCUUACU